AUGAAGGCCCAAUUACAAGUCACAGUAAUUUCAGCUAAGUUAAAAGAAAACAAAAAGAACUGGUUUGGUCCCAGUCCAUAUGUUGAAGUGACAGUUGAUGGACAAUCAAAGAGGACAGAGAAGUGCACAAACACGCAUGCUCCCAAAUGGAAACAGUCACUGACAGUAAUUGUGACCCCUGUCAGCAAAGUAAAGUUUCUUGUUUGGAGUCAUCAAACUCUGAAGUCAGACAUCCUUUUGGGAACAGCUUCACUUCUUAUUAAUGAGGCACUAAAAGCGAAUGACCUAAAACUGUGUGAAGUGGUGCAGACCCUUCAGCUGAGCUCAGACAGAGAUCCUCAGGAAGCUGUGGGGGACCUCUCUGUGUGCCUGGACGGACUGCAAGUGGACGCAGACGCUCUCGCUGAUGCAGAGAAACAAACAGUGUCUGUUUUAAACGGGGUCGCUAAGCAAAAUGGAAAAUCAAGCAACAGGUCGAGCAGAGACUCUUCUCCGUCCAGCGGCUCGGAUGAGUGGGUGAUAGUCCCAAACAGUAGCACUGUAAAUGGCUCUCGUUCUCCGUCUCGAUCUCCCAGGACUUCAGGCUCACGGCCGUCACGUCCUCCGCGGACUUCUGCCCCUGCCACAUCCAGACCUGUCGCCUCACCAUCCUCCUCCAGCAGUUCCUCCCCCAGUGAGUUGAGUGAAGCCCCUGCCUCUGACGGCUCGUCCCAGGCCUCAGAUCAGCAGGAUGAGGCUGGAGCAGGAGCUGCAUCUUCACAGCCUUCAGCUGCAAACCCCAAACCAGGAUCUUCUGCUGCAGUCCCCACAGGCUCCACUGCUCCCAGAGGCGCCCCUGUCAGCAAUGGGCCUUUGCCGCCAGGGUGUGAGCAGAGAGUGGAUCAAAAUGGUCGUGUGUACUACGUCGAUCACAUUGAAAAAAGAACCACCUGGGACCGACCCGAGGCUCUGCCUACAGGAUGGGAGCGUAGAGUGGACCCCAUGGGGAGGGUGUACUUCGUGGACCAUAUCACUCGCACGACCACGUGGCAGAGACCCACCGUGGAGUCUGUCAGAAACUAUGAGGAGUGGCAGCACCAGCGCAGCCAGCUGCAGGGAGCCAUGCAGCAGUUCAACCAGAGGUUCAUCUAUGGGUUCCAGGAUCAGAUUGCAGCAGCAGCUAGCAAGCAAGAGUUUGAUCCCCUUGGACCUCUUCCACACGGCUGGGAAAAAAGAACAGACACAAAUGGUAGAGUGUAUUUUGUUCAUCACACAACUCGCUCCACACAGUGGGAGGAUCCCCGCACUCAAGGCCUUCUGAAUGACAAACCUUUGCCAGAGGGAUGGGAGAUGAGGUUCACUGUCGAAGGGAUUCCUUACUUUGUUGAUCACAACCGUCGGACAACCACCUACAUAGAUCCCCGCACCGGGAAAUCAUCUCUAGAGAAUGGGCCACAGAUAACUUAUGUCAGGGAUUUCAAAGCCAAAGUGCAAUAUUUCAGGUUUUGGUGUCAGCAAUUGUCUAUGCCACAACAUAUAAAGAUCACCGUCACCCGUAAAACAUUAUUUGAGGAUUCAUUCCAACAGAUCAUGAGCUUCCACCCUCAAGACCUAAGGCGACGGCUGUGGAUAAUCUUCCCGGGAGAAGAGGGCUUGGACUACGGGGGAGUGGCCAGGGAAUGGUUCUUUCUGCUCUCUCACGAGGUUUUGAACCCCAUGUACUGCUUGUUUGAGUACGCCGGAAAAGACAACUACUGCCUGCAGAUAAACCCCGCCUCUUACAUCAACCCCGAUCACCUCAAAUACUUUAAGUUUAUCGGACGCUUUAUUGCUAUGGCCUUAUUUCAUGGUAAAUUCAUCGACACAGGUUUUUCUCUGCCUUUCUACAAACGUAUUUUGAAUAAACCUCUGGGUCUCAAUGACCUGGAGUCCAUUGAUCCUGAGUUUUAUAAUUCGCUCAUCUGGAUCAAGGAUAACAACAUUGAGGAGUGUGGUCUGGAGAUGUUUUUCUCGGUGGACAAAGAGAUAUUGGGCGAAAUCACGACUCAUGAACUGAAACCUGACGGAGGAAACGUCCUUGUAACGGAGGAAAACAAGGAGGAGUACAUCAGAUUAGUGGCAGAGUGGAGAUUGUCCCGGGGCGUGGAGGAACAAACACAGGCCUUUUUUGAAGGCUUUAAUGAAGUCCUGCCACAACAAUAUCUGCAGUAUUUCGAUGCCAAGGAGUUAGAGGUGAUGCUGUGUGGAAUGCAGGAGAUCGACCUCAUGGACUGGCAAAGAAACGCCAUCUACCGACACUACACUCGAAACAGCAAACAGAUCAUGUGGUUCUGGCAGUUCGUAAAAGAAAUGGACAAUGAGAAAAGGAUGAGACUCCUGCAGUUUGUCACAGGAACCUGCCGCCUCCCCGUCGGUGGAUUUGCGGACCUCAUGGGGAGCAAUGGACCACAGAAAUUCUGCAUUGAAAAAGUGGGAAAAGAAAACUGGCUUCCACGAAGUCACACAUGUUUUAAUCGCCUGGACCUGCCUCCAUACAAGAGCUAUGAGCAGCUAAAAGAGAAGCUGAUGUUUGCCAUUGAGGAGACAGAAGGCUUUGGGCAGGAAUAA